UAGUAAGGUGAAUGGAUGGGCGGAGAAGAAGUUGUCCUAUGCCGGGAAGGAAGUGCUCAUUAAGGCGGUGAUCCAGUCCAUGACAACUUAUAGCAUGAGUUGCUUCUUACUGUCAAAGGGGACUUGUCAGAAACUGAUGUCAAUUGCUUCCAAUUUCUGGUGGAGUGGUUCGCUGGAUAGGCGGUCGAUGCACUGGCUUGCGUGGAGCAAGAUUGCCAAACCGAAGAAUAGUGGAGAAGUAGGUAUUUUCAUAAUACUGACUUCAUGAAGGCAGUUGCGCCAAGAACUGCAUCUAAGACGUGGCGCGCGAUUUUGGCUGGGCGUAGUGCCUUGGAGACGGGCCUGAUCAAGAGGAUCGGGGAUGGAGCUUCAGUUUCUGUGUGGGAUGAUCGAUGGAUUCCAGGAUCGAUCUCCAUGAAACCUAUGGGAAGGCUCCAGGAAAAUGACAUUGAGUUUCUCAGCGAGCUGAUCGAGCCGGUGUCCUUUCAGUGGGAUACUAUCAAAAUUCGCAACAAUUUUCUUGCGCCGGAUGCUGACCUCAUUUUGCAAAUUCCACUUCACUUGAGUGCUAGUGAGGAUUCGAUGGCGUGGCAAGGGGAGAAGUCAGGUAUUUAUUCUGUCCGAUCGGCCUAUAGGAACUUGGUGGGUGAGAGGGAGAGAAAGGAAUCUGCACAGGAUGGUGCGGCCUCAGUUUCAUCGCUUGGUUCUCAAGCCCAUUGGAAGCAAUUGUGGAAGCUGGAUGUUCUACCUAGGGUACGAGUGUUUUGGUGGCGGGUGUUGCGAGGUGUUUUACCCGAUUAUGCAACCCCUUGCCCGGAGGCAUGUCAAAGUUCAGAGUACCUGGCCGGUUUGUAAGUCAGCUUCAGAGACAUUGCUUCAUGCUAUGUUUGAGUGUGCCCAUGCGAGGCCUUUCUGGGUGGCGGCAAAGUCUGUUCUUCAUCUGCGGACUCCGCGGUUGCAUCCGGUGUCUUGGGUUUUAGAUAUUAUGUAUCUCCCGGAGUUUGAUGGGGGUAAACGAGAGCUUGUUAUCUCAAUAAUGGCGGCAGUGUGGGAUUCUCGGAACCGCUGGGCGCAUGAUGAUGCAGGCUUUGAUGCACUCAAAUCGAUUGAGACUAUCAGUGAGACUCUGUCGGUGCUGGAGAAGAAACAGAAUGCUACCAUUGUUAAAUCUCCACGGCCGGUCUGUACUUGGCAUGGUCCACCAGCGGGUGUUGUCAAAAUCAACUCUGAUGGUGCCAUUGUGGAGGAGGAAGCAAGAGCAGCAAGUGGCUUGGUUGCCCGCAAUGAGGGGGGUGUCAUGGUAGCGAGAAGCCGGGUGUACCAGGGGAUCUCUGACCCCCUGAUCGUGGAAGCUCUCGCCCUGAGAGAUGCUUGUUGCUUGGCGAAGGAGAAGGCCUUUCAGCGGGUCAUCCUAGAGACCGAUUGUGCGGAGCUGGUGCGUCUGUGGAGAGCUCGCAGUUCGCAACGGUCAGUUGUUGGUCCUAUUCUUGAUGAGAUCAUUGAGUUUAGUCAGUCUUUUAUUAGUUGCGAGAUUGUUUUUGUUAGGCGUGAGGCAAAUUUUGUGGCCCAUGAGUGUGCUCGUAGUGCUGUGUCGAAUGGAGUGUCGUCGGAGUGGGUAGGUAUAGCCCCUAGUUUUCUUCUUCAGUCUUAGGACCGAUUGUAACCAAGUUUCUGGAAAUUAAUAAAGUGUGUGCUUGCC